AUGGAUGAGAUCGCCCCCGAAUACGACGUCGUGGUCCUGGGAACAGGUCUCACAGAAUGCGUCCUUUCAGGUGUUCUCAGUGUAAAGGGCAAGAAGGUCCUCCACAUUGACCGCAACGACCACUACGGAGGCGAGGCCGCUUCUCUCAACAUCGAGGCUCUCUUCAAGAAGUACGGACAGACUGAAGGCGAGCCAUGGAAGAAGUACGGCCGCGUCAACGACUGGAACAUCGACCUCGUCCCCAAGCUCCUGAUGGCCAACGGUGAACUCACCAACAUCCUCGUCUCCACCGACGUCACCAAGUACCUCGAGUUCAAGCAGAUUGCCGGCAGCUACGUUCAGCAGGGCAGUGCCGCGAAGGCCACUGUCGCCAAGGUGCCCUCGGACGCUGGUGAGGCACUCCGUUCGCCGCUGAUGGGCCUCUUCGAGAAGCGCAGGGCUCGCAACUUCCUCGAGUGGGUCGGCGCAUACAAGACGGACGACGCGGCAACACACAAGGGUCUUGACGUGACGAACUGCACCAUGAAGGACGUGUACGACAAGUUUGGACUCGAAGCCACCACCCGUGACUUCAUCGGUCAUUCCAUGGCUCUCUACCAGACAGACGACUACAUCAACACAAAGGGCGCCGCGAACGAGGCUAUCGAGCGAAUCCGCCUGUACGUCAACUCCAUGGCACGAUACGGCAAGUCUCCGUACAUCUACCCUCUGUACGGCUUGGGAGAGCUCCCCCAGGGUUUCGCUCGUCUGUCAGCCAUUUACGGAGGAACAUACAUGCUGAACACCGACGUCGAUGAGUUCCUGUACGACGGCGACAAGGUCGUUGGUAUCAAGGCCACCAUGAAGGAGAAGGACGACGCCGGCCCUGGCAUGAAGUUCGAGACCAAGGCGAAGAAGAUGCUCGCAGACCCCUCGUACUUCCCCGGCAAGGCGCGCGUCACUGGCCACCUGCUCAAGGCUAUUUGCAUUCUGAACCACCCCGUGCCCAACACAGACAACUCGGACUCUCUGCAGUUGAUCAUUCCUCAAUCCCAGGUUGGACGCAAGAACGACAUCUACGUUGCCGUCGUUUCGUCCGCUCACAACGUCUGCCCCAAGGGCUACUACAUCGCCAUUGUGUCCACCAUUGCCGAGAGCGAUGCCAACCACCACCUCGAGCUCCAGCCCGGUCUUGACCGCCUCGGCAAGAUCGAGGAGCAGUUCAUGGGCCAGCCCAUUCCUCUCUACGAGCCUCUCGAGAGCGGCAACAAGGACAACAUUUUCCUCUCCAAGAGCUACGAUGCUACUAGCCACUUCGAGACCACGACAGAUGACAUCAAGGACAUCUACCAGCGCGCAGAGGGCCACGAGCUGGUCGUGGAGGGCCUGAGGGAUGGACAGUUCAACGUGGAGGCAUAA